AUGGCACAGGUACCUUAUGCUUCAGCUAUAGGUAGCCUGAUGUAUGCUAUACUGUGUACAAGGCCGGAUAUCGCGUAUGCUAUUAGUGUGACUAGCAGGUAUCAAUCCAACCCAGGACCUGAUCAUUGGACUACUGUCAAGAAUAUCCUUAAGUACUUGAGAAGAACUAAGGAUAUGGUUCUAGUAUAUGGAGGAGGUGAGUUGAGACUAGACGGGUUUACAGAUUCUGAUUUUCAGUCAGAUGUUGAUGAUAGAAAGUCUAUCUCCGGUUACAUAUUCACCUGUAAUGGAGGUGCAGUUAUCUGGAAGAGUUCUAAGCAAGAGACGAUUGCAGAUUCCACUACAGAGGCUGAGUAUAUUGCUGCAUCUGAUGCAGCAAAGGAGGCAGCAAAGGAACCGAUGUCACAUCAGAAGUCCAAACACAUUGAGAGGAGCUAUCAUAUUAUCAGGGAGAUUAUUGGGAGAGGCGAUGUAGACGUGCAGAAAGUAGCUUCAGCGGAUAAUGUCGUUGAUCCACUCACGAAGGCCAUGACAUAG